AAACAACAUUAACCCACUAAACAAAAAGUGUGUUCUCAAUCAAAAGCUGGAACAGGAAAAGCAUAAGAGUCUGAGACUGGAUCCUCAGAGGAAUGAUCAUCAUCAGCAGCACCACCAAAAACAGUAUCAUCAUCAAAACCAAAACCAAGUUCAAAAUUCAAGAUAUGUAGAAGAAGAAGAGGACCAAGACCAAUUAGAAAAACAACAACAACAAGAAGAAGCAGCCUUUCAUGGACACCCACUAUUAGAGAUACAAUAUCAGCCUCCACAACCACCCAAUAAACGCUCCUGCUUCCCAUCUUCAUCUUCAUUGGAGCAAAACGUCGAACAUGCGAGAUUGCCAGAGAAAAUGGGAGACACUCACCAGCAAAACCACCAAACAACAUCGUCGUCAAAAUUCGGGUUGAGAAACGCCGGUGGCGGCGAGAUCGUUGAAGUACAAGGAGGCCACAUUGUUCGGUCCACCGGACGCAAAGAUCGGCACAGCAAGGUCUGCACCGCAAAGGGUCCUAGAGACCGGCGUGUCCGAUUAUCUGCGCACACAGCAAUUCAGUUCUACGACGUCCAGGACCGUCUCGGCUUCGACCGACCCAGCAAAGCGGUCGAUUGGCUCAUCAAAAAGGCCAAGACCGCCAUUGACGAGCUCGCAGAACUACCCGCAUGGAACCCAACUACUGUGUCUGCUGAAAAGGAAAAUUUCGAAGCUAAAAAGCAACAGAUGGUCGAAAACGUCGCUGGUUCGUCUUCUUCAGGUAAGAGAUGUAGUAACAUUCAGAACCAGCAUCAACAGAUGCACAUGAGCGAGAAUGAGUCGAGCUUCUUGCCGCCGACAAUGGACUCCGACAUCAAGUCUUUCUUUCCAAUGGGUGCUUCGGCCGAGACCAAUUCGUCGGUGAUUCAGUUUCAGAACUUCCCACCACGCGAUUUGCUGUCGAGAACUAGCUGUCAGACCCAGGAUCUGAGGCUCUCGCUUCAAUCCUUCCAAGACCCAGUUCUUCUUCAUCACCACCAAUCGCAUCAGAGCUCUGCGCAUGAUCACCAAACCCAGCAAGCCCUUUUUUCAGGGCACACCCAGAUGGGGUUUGAUGGGUCGGGGUGGUCUGAGCACCAGCACGGAGAGCUCGGCCGAUUUUCAAGAAUGUUGGGUUGGAAUGGCGGUGGAGACACCGGCGGUGAUGGUGGAGGAGGUGGGUUUGUUUUCAGUGCGCCUCCGCCAACGCCGCCGUUGCUGCAGCCGUUGUUCGACCAGAACCAGCAGUUUGCUCAGAGGGGACCCCUUCAGUCCAGUAACUCACCUUCACUUCGUGCUUGGAUAGAUCCGUUUUCAAUUGCAGCCGGUGAUCAGCACCACCACCAUCAAGUGCUGCCGAUCCAUCCAUCAUCCAUGUCCGGCAUUGGAUUCACCUCAGGCGGUGGAUUCCCCGGAUUCCGAAUUCCGGCACGAAUUCAGGGUGAAGAAGAGGAGCACGACGGCCUUUCUGACAAGCCGUCCUCUGCUUCCUCUGAUUCUCGCCAUUGAAUGAGCUCUAGACUUGGAACUUUAUCCUUCUUGCAGGACUCCAAUAGGGUCAAUUGUCAUCAACAUGAAAAAUUAGCAAUUGGUGCUGUUGAAGCGCAUACAAAGCAAGCAAGGGAGGAGAUUUCAGUCACUUCAGUUCAAUGGCCACUCCGCGGGAAGAAGAAAUUAAUCUGACUGUAUUUAGGGUUUUUUCAGUCCCCGGUUUGCUUCUAUAUUAUUUAGUUUAUGUUCUUCUGCUUUGCUCCACAAGUGUGCUCAUGGAGCUCAACUUUGUUAUCCAUGAUGGAUUGAUUUGAUUUGAUUGCUCUUUUCAAGACUUGUAUGUCACAACUGUUUGCUGAACUUUGGUUUCUUGAGUUUGUACUAGUACUACUCUACUGGAGUAGUUUGUUGUGA